AUGUUUCGUUCACGUAGUUCUUCAAUUAUUGAUAUUAUUUCAUUACUUACACCUGUAUUCCCAGCCUCUUUAGAAGCCAUUAAAAGAGUUCGGAUUCAAAACCGAAGAGUCAAGUGGCGUAAAGAGUCAAAAUUACAGAAUGAUCAAAACACAUUACAGUACCAUCAUUUGGAAACUAUUGCGUCACAAAGUUCUACAGGACAUCAAGCACACGUUGAAAGUAACAACUUUAGAGAAUCACUGUAUGAAACCCAUUUGAACGAAACCAGUUAUGGUACUAUGAAUUUAAGACCGGAUUUAGAGGAGCAAGAAGAGCAGACCAAUAAAAGCGUGUAUUUAAAAAACUUUUAUGAGCCCAAAUACGAUGUGUAUCCAAUUUAUGUCAGAAAAAAAGUCCUAAUUACUGAACUAAUAGUUAGACAUCAUAGUUAAACCUUUAAAUUAAGAUUUUGUGACUCCUUAAUAAGACCAGAAGUAGUACCUUAUAUGUACUUUCAAAUAUCAAACAUGAAACAAUUUGUUUCUUUGCCAUCAAAAGCAUAAACAAUAUUUUAAAUAUGUACACUUUUUCCAUUUUAAUUUGCA